AUGGUUUGGAAACGCUUGAAGCCAGAUGUAAAUGAAAUCCUUGGCGCAAUUGAAGAACUUAUUGCUAAAGAAGAUCGCUACCAAUUAGAAAACAGCGCCAAAUUCCGCGCCGUGGAUCAACGAGUCGCAACUUACGACGAAUUCAAAGGGAUCGUUGAUGGCUCACACCUGCGCGCGCUUGACCGCAAGGAGCAAGUCGACUCUAUUUUGGCGCCAAACAAGCACUGCUGGAAUCCUGUUGCAGCCGCGCUGGACAGAGAAAUAGAAACGAUUCAAAAAGCGAUCGAGCUGGACUUCGAAGUAGAGGCGAUUUCGACUUAUUCGCAGUUCAAGACUUCGUGGCGACGCGCCCAGGCGAACCAAGCAACGCGUCAAGCUAUUUUGCUGAAAUUGAACGACGCCGUCAUUUUCAAGGACUCCUGCGAGCCGCUCGAUGAGAUCUGCGACUGUCUCGCCUCCAUAAAUCAAAAAGAAGAAAGAGUUAAAGCCAUUCUUGCGUCUUUGCAAAAGUCGAGAGAGUUCAGCUUGGCUUGUGCUUUUCUUGACGCCAAGUCUAAGGCGACUUUGGAUAAUUUGAUCGGGAAGCACUUUUCUUGA